ACACUUUGUUACUUUCACACGAGCAGUGCACAUUUACAAAAUGUAUAGGCUCACCGUAUUAGCCUUUGUGAUCGCGGUUGUGACGUGCCAGCAGGAAGGUGGAAGAAGGGUCCCAAAAUACGCGGGCGACCCUAAAACGGCCGCCAUUGUGCAAGAAGCGCGUUACUUGAGUGGAAACGGAGCUUUUGGUGCCGCAUACCAACAGGAGGAUGGUAUUGACUUCAAGGAGGAGACAGAUGCUGAUGGCAACAGGAGAGGGAGCUACUCAUAUAUCGAUCCCAGUGGCCAAAGAAAAACUGUGAACUACAUCGCAGGAAAGAACGGUUUCCAAGCCGUCGGAGAUCACAUUCCCACUGCACCUCAACCGGUAGCUCCUACACCAGGCUACACACCGGACCCUCGUUACAACUCUCCUGACUACAAAACGCAGAAUUACAACGCUCCACAACAGUACACCGCCCCUGCUCCCGCUCGCAAUUAUGGAGGAAAACCCAAUGUGGAUGAUGGACAGUAUUAUCCUGAAUUGUACGAGCAAGAAAACAACGUUGCUCCCCAGCAACAGUAUCAAGCUCAACCGCAGUACCAACAACCUCAAUAUCAAGCUCAACCCCAACCACAAUAUCAACCGCAAUCUCAGCCUCAAUUCCCAGCCAACAAUAUCUACCCAGGUGUUCAACAAGCACAAUACAGUGGCAUUCAGUCUCAGCAAUACUCUGCACCGAGCAAACCGGUCAAUCAGUAUUACGAACCUACAACGCCACCGCCAAGCCGGUUCUUCCCACCUGGAAAAUUCAGCUUGAACCGAGCUCCCGACGGCUACACUUACUCCUUCCACAAAGUUUAAAUCUAAUUUAUUCUUAGGGUCGGCGAUUUGUAAAAAAAUAAAUAUAAGUACACACCUUUUAUCCAUUCGCCAAAUCAUCGGAGCGAUCGAGUGCUCGGACGCUUCGAAAGCAUUUCAUAGAUGUUGUUUCCUGUGAUAUUGUGUUUUAAUGGACUGGUAUUAACUGUUGGUCGUUUUUGUUAGAUGUGUAGAAGUAGAGAUGCGGAUUGACGUGAUGGAGUUGAGCAACUGAUCUUGUAAAUAAAUUUAGAUAAGCUCAAUGAAAAUUACUUUUAUUGACAACAUAAAUAC